AUGGCUAUGAAGCAUUACAGAGACAACAGAACGAGACACGUUGACGACAACGACGUUCGCGAUCUGCAAGCCCAUGUCAGAGGAGACACUAAAGGUCAAGUCAGCUAUACAGAGGAUGGUCCAAUAGACCUGUCAACCCCAAGGUUGGGCCAAUUGCGGGCGGGUAACCAGGAGAAGUCACCGGGAGAGAUUUGGGGGAACAGGCCCGCUCCGUCCUGGUAUGAUCAACGAAGCACCAACGUUCCCAAGAUGAACCAUGGAGGUGUGCAUCAUACUAAACCCACACUGGAUAGUUUUGUACCGCCUAGCACGUAUCAGCAUCAAGCAAUACCUGACCUUUAUCGUAACCCCCGCGAUUGGAAUAUCAGCCACAAGUUUAAUACAGAACCCAAGCAUCAGUAUGCCCUAGAUGUCUCUACUGAAACCAGUUGUUCCUCUAUAAAUGCGCAACCAGACCAUAUAGGUGACGUUCACAGGGAAGGCUACCCACCAAGGCGUCAUGAAGAACACAUGUCACUUACUUCAGGUGCCUCAAAAGAAGGAUCACGGAAGUUUCAUCGCUUUCAGUCUAAGGGGCCUACAGGUAACAGAUUAUUUUCGCUUGAAGAUCUCACUCAGGUAAUACAGGAUGAAACAGGGAAGCAGCCGAGCCGGGCAACUUGCAUGUCUUUGUUGAAGUCCUAUUACGCUGAAGCUAUGAUGAAACGCGACCUGAUAAAAGAUCUUCUCGUGGAGCUUCAGACCUCAAACCAUUACCAAGGAGUCACCCGAGAUUCAGCAUUCCUCUCAAGUAGACAUCAUCAAUAUCGCAAAGACUCAUGUCCAGAUGGUUCCGUUGCAAAUCAUAUGCAAAUGUCACCAGGUCCUUACAAAGACAUAUCUGUAUGUCCUGCUCUGAACGCCUUUCCACAAUCUGGGAAAGAUACCAACUUCGAUGAUAGAGGGAUCAAGUUGCAUCCAUCAGAAAAACGCAUUGCAUCUAGUCGUAAUCCGCCACCCGUAUACCAAGAAGGAUGGAGUAAUGAAGGUAGUGUCGGCUCAGAGUCCGGGACACCUCCGGUCCUUACAACCCAAGGAUGGGCAAGUGCUUCCCAGACUCCAAGUGCCUCUAGAUGUCUACCUUCCUGGCGUCUCCCACCGACGGUUUCACAAUCUAUUUCACCAGGAGUACAGCCUCCGAACAAGACCAAUUUGAGACAACAGUAUCUAUAUCCUACAUCCACACCACGUACAAGAGUCUUAUCGCAAGACGCUGAAUCAACCAAUAUGACAACUCUACAACCUCAGUCUGUCGGUAAGAAUAGCUUAGUUCGGGAGCUUCCACAAUUCAUGCAUCAAGGAUCAACAGUUUCAUCCACCAAUCGAAUGCAAUCCAAUGAUGUUUGGAUACCUCCCGUAUCAAGACCUACCAGCAUUAGAGGCCCACAAAGUUCCGUGCCAGUUUGUGUGACAUCAGAAGUACCCACAACUACAGUCCUUGAGUCGGCAGUACCGUCUGGGCAGAACCCUACACAGUGUCAAAAAGGGUGUCAACUGAAAAGAGUGCAAGAUGUAUCGAUCAUACCUACACCAAACAUCGUGAACGAUGCGCGCUCUCUGGCAGCAUAUGAUACAGAAACAAUGUCAUCAAAUAAACCUUCCUCUAAUGGCCCUACAACACAAAACGUGUCGAACAUACCUACGCCAAACGUCGCUAACGAUACGCACACUCAAGCAGUGUAUGGUACAGAAUCAAUGUCACCAAACAAACUUCCCUAUAAUGGUCUUACAACACCUGACUCCGCCUCUCUGCCAAGCACUAAACCAACAUACUCUUUUGCAGGAGACGAACCUACACCAGUUAAUGGCAUAAAACCAAAACCCAGGUGCAGCCAGUGCUUUAGCACCUUCCUGACGGAAAGAGCAUACACCAAACAUAUGACUACAUACCACAGCCAGACAAAGCCACAUAUCUGCGGCUUUUGUGGAAAGGGAUUUCAUGACAAGUUUGACCUGAAGAGGCACUACCGAACACACACAGGUGUCAGACCGUACAAGUGCAGCCAGUGUGCACGUUCUUUCACUCAGCGCUGCUCCCUUGAGACACACGUCAACAAAGUGCACGAGAUGCCACUCGCCUUCACAUUCAAGGAGCGGCGAGAAAAGAUAUACGUAUGCGAGGAUUGCGGACAUUCUGUGAAGGACGCGUUUGAGCAUUACCUCCACAUGUGGGUCGCGCACUCGCGACUGGCCAUGCCUAAGCGUCUUCGACAGAAAGUGCUACACAGGAUAAAGUACAUCCUAAAGGCUCAAAAUGGCGGUGAUAAAAAUGAAGAGGAACUUUUGGCAGACACCAAAGUUGUCACUCACUUGGUUGUAAUCAGCGUGCUGUUGUAUUACUACCGAUGGCAGUUGAGGUACAAACUCUUUCUCUUCAAACUGGCCGCUGUGGGCUAUAACGAGAUGCGGGACGUCCGAGACCACAAUGACUACGAGUUUGACGUGAACAUCAUUUUCUACGACGAUGACGAAGAAUGGAUUCGCGAACAGCUCCGACCGGCUCUCGAAGAACGGCUUCCACAGUUUCAGAGGAACGUAUUUGGUGACGAAGACCUUGUGUUGGGUAUGCAUUACUUAGAUUCCGUCGAUUACGUGGUGAGCCAUAGUUACAAGACUAUCAUAUUGCUUAGCAGAGCUGCUGUGCACGACCACUGGUUCAUACUCAAGUUCCGUACGGCCAUGGACCACGUAAGUGACACUCUGACUGAAUUCGUAGUCGUGGUCUUCCUUGAAGACAUCCCAGAUGAUGAAAUGCCAUUCCUGGCGAGGUUGUACCUCAGUGAUGGCAGACCCUAUGUUCACUGGACUGAGAACGUGAGAGGACAAGAAUAUUUCUGGGAUGAAUUGACCAAAAAUCUGACAAUUAAUCUAAGGACCAAUGACUUGAUCCCAAACGAGUAG